AUGCAAAAGGGUAAAAUCACGGUCUUCUUCUACGUCGACGACAUUAUCUGGGCCUACCCGAAAGAGGAAGAAGCUGCUGCUAGGGAGGCUAUACGAGGCCUGCAACAAAGGUAUAAGAUGACCAGGCUAGGGGAGCCAAAGUGGUUCCUAGGGAUACGAAUCCUUAGGAAUAGGUCCCAACGGACAAUCUGGCUUACCUAA